GGCUCGGCUUCGGCGGUGGCGGUUGCGCUUGCGGCCGGGCGGCCCCGGCAGCAGGUGGGUGGGCGCGGUGCGGGCGCGCGGGGUCCGUUGGGCGCCAUGGACUUCAACAUGAAGAAGCUGGCAUCCGACGCGGGCAUCUUCUUCACGCGGGCCGUGCAGUUCACAGAGGAGAAGUUUGGCCAGGCUGAAAAGACAGAGCUGGAUGCCCACUUUGAGAACCUCCUAUCCCGGGCCGACAGCACCAAAAACUGGACAGAGAAAAUCCUGCGGCAGACAGAGGUGCUGCUGCAGCCAAACCCCAGUGCCCGCGUGGAGGAGUUCCUGUAUGAGAAGCUGGACAGGAAGGUCCCCUCCAGGGUCACCAAUGGGGAACUGCUGGCCCAGUACAUGGAGGAGGCGGCGAGCGAACUGGGGCCCACUGCACCCUAUGGGAAGACACUGCUGAAGGUGGCCGAGGCAGAGAAGCGCCUGGGCACAGCCGAGAGGGACUUUAUCCACACAGCCUCCAUCAACUUCCUCACGCCCCUGCGCAAUUUCCUGGAAGGGGACUGGAAGACAAUUUCGAAAGAGAGGCGGCUCCUCCAGAACCGGCGUCUGGACUUGGACGCCUGCAAAGCGCGACUCAAGAAGGCCAAGGCUGCCGAAGCUAAAGCCACGACGGUGCCUGACUUUCAGGAGACUAGACCUCGUAAUUACAUUCUCUCGGCCAGCGCCUCCGCGCUCUGGAAUGACGAGGUGGACAAGGCCGAGCAGGAGCUUCGAGUAGCGCAGACAGAGUUUGACCGGCAGGCAGAGGUGACGCGGCUGCUACUGGAGGGAAUUAGCAGCACGCAUGUCAACCACCUUCGCUGCCUGCAUGAGUUCGUUGAGUCUCAGACCACGUACUAUGCCCAGUGCUACCGUCACAUGCUGGACUUACAGAAACAGCUGGGCAGCUCCCAGGGAGCCAUAUUCCCGGGCACCUUCGUGGGCACCACAGAGCCCACUUCCCCGCCCCUGAGUAGCACCUCUCCCACCACCGCGGCUGCCACCAUGCCUGUGGGGCCUCCUGGGGCUGGCCUGACCCAACCGGCGGAGGCUGCACUCUGCCUGGAAGAGGUGGCACCCCCCGCCAGUGGUACCCGGAAGGCCCGAGUGCUCUAUGACUAUGAGGCAGCCGACAGCAGUGAGCUGGCCCUGCUGGCUGAUGAGCUCCUCACGGUCUAUAGCCUGCCCGGCAUGGACCCCGACUGGCUCAUCGGGGAACGAGGCAACAAGAAGGGCAAAGUCCCAGUCACCUACUUGGAGCUGCUCAGCUAAGCAGGCCCUGCCGUCCUGGCUGAGAUGGGACAGAUGGCACAGCCGUGCCCAUGUGGGGAUGCCCUGCGGCCCAGGGUGGGGAAACCAGCCAUCACCUAGCCGUGAAGAGCCCUACACAGCCCCGCUUCUGAUCUGUGGUUCUGCACCCCCCUUGCCUGCACCCCAGCAUUUAACCCUCCCGCUCCUACGGCGGGGGGUCUAAGUGGGGGCACCCUUGGCAAGAAGGGAGCCCCUCACUGCCUUUCCAUUGCCCACAGGCAAGGCAGAGGCCGGGAGCUUGGCUGCAGGGGUACCCCAGGUGCUUACCCCGCCCCAGGCUGCAGCCCAUAACCGACACCCACUUUUUCACAAUCUUUCUACUUGGCCUGUCUGCUUGCUGUCUAGCGGUGAUGAAUAAAAACCCUUCUGCGCCUGCGUGGUA